GGUCUCCAAAGCAGAUAUUCUAUGAACGCGACUGUCCGUUUGGGAAUGUUUAUCAUUUAUGUCUUGUUUUUAUAUGGGACUGGAGUAGUUUAUUCCAAUUUAUGUCCAAGACAGUGUUUGCCGGGAUCCUGUUGCGAAGUUGAAGAAAAUGAUUUCAGAUGCUGUCCUUAUGCUAAUGGUGUAUGUUGUAGUGAUGGGAGAAACUGCUGUCCUCAAGGGACAAAGUGUGAUUUGGAACUCGGUCAUUGUCGUUCUACUAAUGGGACUGUGUUAACCUCCAAACAUAUAUCAGAGAAAGUAAUUGGUGACUUAAAAACCAGUACUUUGGAUAUGGUGCUUAGGAGACUAUCUACAGACUACAUUAUGUGUCCCGACCGCCAGUCAGUGUGCCAGGAUAACACUACAUGUUGCCCAAUGUCAGGUGAGAUAUGGGGUUGUUGCCAACAUGCCAAUGCUAUUUGCUGUCCAGAUGGAGAACAUUGUUGCCCUCAUGGUUCAGUCUGCGAUAUGGUGCAUUACUCAUGUAAACCAACUAAGUCCAAUGAAAUCCCAGAGAUAAAAGAAUCUUCCCACACCUUACACCUUGUAUCAGCAUCAGCUCCUGCACGUCUCAACCCAAAUGUCAACCCAUCUAAAGCAGACUGGAGAAAAAAGAUUCAUAAACUGUCAGCCAAGUAUUUACUAGCUUAUUCUGGUGUCGUAUGUCCAGAUCCAUUAUAUGAAUGCCCAGCUGAUACAACUUGUUGUCCUAGUCCAGAUGAAACGUGGGCAUGUUGCCCUAUUCCUCAAACUGUCUCCUUUCCUGGUGUUUAUAACAAAGAUUUGAAUAAGUCCCUUGAACAGAUGUACAAUAAUAAAAAUAGUUCAUAUUCUGUCGCAAAUUUUAAUUUGAUUUAUAUGAGCUUAUCAACAUUGAAUGGCACACAAUUGUGUCCAGAUGCAAAACCUCGCUGUAGCGAUGAACAGACAUGUUGCAAACUAAAAACUGGAGAGUGGGGUUGCUGCCCUGUGAAAAAUGCUGUAUGUUGCAGUGAUGGAGAACACUGUUGUCCUGAUGGUUAUGUAUGUGAUUUAUCUGUUGGAGAGUGUAUAAAUCGUUCUAAACCAUCAAAUGAAUUGAAAAAGUUUUUACCAAACAUUAAUUUAUCAUCAUUACCAACAAAAAUUGGUUAUAAUAAUCGUUGUCCUAACAGUGAUGUUUAUUGUGAAGAUAAUUCAACUUGUUGUGAACAUGAUAAGGAAUGGGGUUGUUGCUUGUUCUCAAAUGCAGUCUGUUGUUCCGAUGGUAUUCAUUGUUGUCCAGCAAAUACAAUUUGUGAUUUAAAAGCAGAAAUGUGUAUUGGUGAAUCAGGUGAUAUUCUCACUAAACUACAAUUGAAAUCUAAACCUAAAUUUAAUUCAUUCAAAUAUAAUUCACGUAUUAGUAUUUGCUCUGAUAUGAAAUCAGUUUGUAUUAAUGGUACAUGUUGUUCCAAUGUAAAUGAUCAAUUAUCAACACUUUGUUGUCCUUAUGAAAAUGCUGUUUGUUGCAACGAUGGUGAACAUUGUUGCCCAAAGGGUACAACAUGCGAUAUGAUCAAUGGUGGUUGUAUUAUUUCACAAGAAGAUUUAUCAAAAUCUAAUUCUGUUCCAUUGCUUACCAAGAUCUCAGCAUUACAUGUUACUUCCAAAAAUAACACACAGUCUACUGUUUUCACACAAGUUUGUCCUGGUGGUAAAGCGAAAUGUCCAGAUAGUGCAACAUGUUGUAAAUUAUCUAGUGGGGAAUAUGCAUGUUGUCCAAUUCCAAAUGCUAUUUGUUGUACAGAUGAUAUUCAUUGCUGUCCAUCAGGAACUUCAUGUGACUACAAAACUCUAUCGUGUGUGAAAACCGACAAUGGUCAUUCAAUUGAAAGCCCAACAGCUAAUGAAUUAUUACGUAAUCCUGGAUUGUUGUUUACUGGAGUACGUGAUCAUGUUUGCCCUGGUCAUCAAUCUACAUGUGCUGAUGAUCAAACUUGUUGUCCAUUGCCUGAUAAAUCAUUCGGUUGUUGUCCACUGAAAAAUAGUGUUUGUUGUGGUGAUCAUCUUCACUGUUGUCCAGCUGGUUCAAUUUGUGAUUUGGAUACAAAACAGUGCAUUUUACAAAUUGAAUACAAUCAAUCUACCACAAAAAUAGUUUAUGAUGGGUUUACUAUGCACAAAGCUAAUCAAAAGUUAUCAAAUAGUUUAUAUUCACAACCAGUAAAAUCUGUUAGUACUAUUGAUACUUAUGUACAAGGAAAAUGGUGUGGAGCAUGUGGUGACACUUGGGCUUGUUGUCCAGAUGUUACUUUUACUUCAUGGUCAUGUUGUCCUUAUGUGGGCGGAGAAUGCUGUAUGGGACAAAAUACUUGUUGUCCUCCUGGAUCACGUUGUUUAAAUAAUGGGAAAUGUCAAAAGAUCCAAAAGAAUAUCUUCAAAUCAUCAGCAUCUACUUUAAUACCAUCUAUUUCAAUGAAUAACAAUGUACAAAGACCACAUUUCAUUAAACAAAAUAAUGAGAAAGAAAACUUCCAGAUAGAAAUGUCCAACAGUGCUAAACCUGCUCAAAGAAAUAUCCUUCUUCUUAUUCGUCAUUAUCGACGUCUUAAACGACAAUUGCAUACAAUUUGUCCUGAUUCAUUACACUAUUGUGGUAAAUCUGAACAAUGUUGUCUUUCUAAUAAAUUUGGUUAUACUUGCACACCGAAUGAGUCCAUAUGUUGUGAAUCUAGUAUGAAUACUUAUUGUCCAAUAUCCAAGGAUUGUUCUCUAGACGGGAAAUUCUGUGUUGAUAAGUAUUAG